AUGAUUUUCUAAUAAUAAAGUUAGUUGCAGAGAAAUAACAGUGGUGUUAUUACAUAGCUAACACUUGAUGAGAUUAAUAGGAUAUAUGAUUCAAGAAAAAAGAUUGAUUUAAAAAAACUGGAAUUUUAGUCAGAUAAUUAUAAAUUAGUUACUAUCAAUGGGAUAAGCUAAUUUCCUAAUUUAGCAAAAGUUAGUCACAUCAAUUUAGAGAGUAAUGAGUUAAAAAAUAUAAAUGAACUUUCAGAAUUUCCUGAGCUCGAAUACUUAAAUGCUAGCUACAAUAAAAUAGAAAGCUAUGAACUCAAAACGCCAAAAUUAAAAAAGUUAUAUUUGAGUCACAAUUAUAUAAAGUAGAUAUUUCAUUCAGCAGAUUACUUUUUGAAUUUAAUUGUAUUAGAUGUCUCACACAAUAAUAUUACCUUAAUCACAGAAGAACAAAUAAUAGGAUUUAAAGUAUUGAAGAAAUUCUAUUUUUAGCAUAAUAAAGUACAGUUUAGAGACUCAUCUGUUUUACAUUAGCUAUUGAUAGGUUUAUCUCAACUUUAAAAUUUAGAAGAAGUAAAUGCUUUAAAUAACCCUUUUAUUGACACAUACAAAUCAAGCGAAUGGCCUAAUCGCUUAGCAUAUUAUAUGAUGACUGAAAAUUUAAGAGCUCUAAAAAUUAAUGAGUUAGAAUAUAAACCUUCUUAGUACAACACUCUUCUAAAAAAUUUAAAAAAUUUAGAAAACAUGUAUGAUGGAAAGAAGAAACCUUCUAAAAAUGUAGACGAAAAGGAUAUCAUCCAGGUGCAAGACAUGGUUGAUUAGAUUGAAAAUUGCAACAACAAUCCUGUUUAGUGCUUUACUUACUUGCAAAGAUUAAGCGAAGAUGUUGAUAAAUUAAUAUAAAAUCCACUUAAUUGGACUAAGACAUUCUUUUCCAAAAUACCUGUGGAGCAAAUUAGUAUUAGAAAAUAAAUAGAUGAGUUCUUGUAGAACUGUUUGUUAUUUUUGAAUACACAACAAUCUCACGCUAAGAAUUUGCUAUAUCCUCUUGCUAAAAUGACUAAAAUCACCACAAAUGACUUUGGAUAAAAGUGUUUCGAAGUGAUUAACGAAGUAGCAAAGACAUCCGAUAGAUCUUAAAGCGAUCUUAAAAAGAUUCUGAGAGAAAUAUGUUUCAAAUAUACGUAUAAAAGAGACUUGGAGAAAGUACCUUUACAUGUGAUUAGAGGAUUAAUUGAAACAGUUAAAAUUUUCGAAGAACCCUUUAUUCAUAACUAAGUUCAUCUGUCUAGAGUUAACUGCUGGCUUGACUAAAUGGUUGUUAGGUAUUCUUAAAAUACGUUUGUCAUAUAGAAUAAUAUUUACCAAAUAGAUGAAAGCAUUUUAGAAUUUCUUUCAUUGAUUUGCAAAGAGCCAGAAAAGGUUAAGCUGUUUUGCAAAAAGACAACAAAUGAAUUCUUAGAUGAAAAUUUUGGUAAAAAUGAAGGAUAAAAUAUGAUAGUCACUCAUGACGAGGAAGAAGAAUAAGACAAAAAAAAUAAUGAAGAAGAUGAAAGAAAUGACUAAUAAGAAGAAGACGAAAAUGAAGAUAACUAAAUCAACUUUUUCGAUAGAUUAAUUUAUUUAUUUAGUAUAAUAGUCAAUUCUAAAUACAGUACCUAGUAUAUUAAUUGUCUUCAGAUAUUUUACAAUGCAUGCUAAUGCGAUGAAGAAGUCGGUUAAAAAGUUGCAGAGUAAUUUUUAAACACCAGAUCCAAAAAUAUCAAUUUCAUGCAAAUAUUGGAAGACGAAAUUGCAAAUUACCUCAGAAUCCUAAAGCAAGGAAAUAACACCCUUAAUGAUGGAUAAAAAUCCAUUUCUAAAGAAGAAUUAGCCAAUAGAUACUUAAAGUUUUCUGAACUUAUUAAAACUUAUGGAGCUAUCUAUCAUUAUCACGAAUUUAAGAAGAAAGAACUCCAAGAAUAAAGUGGAAUAUUGCAUGAUCUUUUGCUUAUUGUUUCUUUGGAGUUUGUGGAUCCUAUUUUACUUGCAGCAAUUUGUGAAUUCACUAGAAAUUUGCUUGAUAACAAAACAAUUGUACAAAAUAAAGAAAAUUUAAAUACUAUUAAAUCCAAGACUUAAAAAUUGGGAUAGCUACUUUCUUAUUUAGGUGAUACAAAAUAUGAAUAACUCUGCAAAUAUUUAGGCCUUAAUGCUGUAAAUUUGAUGCACUAAAAUGACGAAAGAAUAUAAAGUCUAAUCAGGGAAAUUGUUCUUUUGUUUAAAUGGUUUAGUGAAAAAUAGACUAAAUGGUAGAAUUAAAAUUAAGGAGAAAAAAAGAAAUAAGAUUUUGAGUUAGAAUACGAAUCAGUUUCUUCCUUUCUUGAAUAAUAAGGUAGAGAAAAUAACCUAUUCAAAUGCUUGGCAAUACCAAAUGAUGAUGUUAGACUUGUUAUCGUUGAGUGUUUAAUGACUAUGCCUAUUGAAUAGUGGAAAUCUCAGUAAAUUUGCGUUUUGUUUAAUAUUGCAAAUGGAUAUAAAAGCUUAGGUGCAGGAAAAACUGAAAAAGUUUUAUCAAAUAUUUUCAUGAUUGCAAGCAAAUUUUGCAUCUUAAGUGAUGAAAAGAAAUCAAAAGACUUUGAAAUAAUUUAUGCAGAAAACUCAGUUCUGGAUGUCUAAAAAGUACUUCUCAUAGAUAUGGAAAGAGAUUUAAGAGAGGACCCAGAUGAAGAACAAGAAAAAAUUGAACUGGCAAUAGCUUGUGUUAAUUUCUUGAUUUCUUUGAGCGCUAAAUUUGAAUUGAGAAAGCUUGCUAAAUCUUAGCAAAUAGGAACAACUUUAAAAAAAGUUCUUCUAUUAGAAGAAGAGUAUUUGCCUGAUAGUGCCAUCCCGAUUGAAAUAGAAAGAACUUGGGCAGGAAGGUUCUUGCAUUAUAUUUUACCUAUAUUAUAAGGUAAAGACUCUCUCUACCCCUAUAGCUAUAUAUCCUUUAGAAUCCUAUGUAGAAUUGCUGAUAACUUAUAAAGAAAAGGAGAAGAAUAAGCGGAGGACCUUAAAGAAUUUGAUUAUUUAUAUAAAUAUGAAGAAAUUUACAAGAAAAAAUACAAGAGGUUUUAAGAGCGUAAGAGCAAUGAGUUGAAGCUAUGGGAUUAAUUAAAAGAAAUAGAAGUAUAAUAAGAUUAAUCUCAAUUGUAUCUUGAUGAUGUUGAGUAUGCAAAAGAGAUUUAAUAAGUCAUGAACUGCAAUCUUAUUUAGGUACUAAUCAAUUUUUUAAUUGGAAAUAACCAGUCUCAAAAGUCAAUGGUCUUGGAGUCUGAUUUGAAAAUGCAAUUUUAAGAGCUAUAACUUGAAUAUGAGUUCAAAGAGCAAAUGCUUUCAAUUAUAUACAAACUUAGAGAUAAAAUCUUUCACAGCAAAACUGACUAAAUAGACGACUUAGAAUUAGAUUUAAAUUUUAAAAAAGGAGAACUUUCCAAGAAAGAUAGAGAAUUGCUUUACAGCAAAUCUCACAGAGAUUUGAUUACAAAAGGAUAUAUAUUGCUUCAUAAUGAAAUUGAUGAAUAAAAGAUUUAAGAUCAUCUUGAUUAGGCCAUUCAAUAGCCUAUUGUUUCUGCUUAGCAAUAUAAUAUGAAAAAUGCUUCUAAUGUUAAAAAAUAGUUUUUACAUCAAGAUCAUGCUUAGGAAGAACUUUUAGAAAAUUUUGAAGAGGAAAAAGUUAAGAAAAAGUCAAAGAAAAGCAAACUAAAAAAUAUUAGAGCAACUUCUUAAGUGCCAAAAAAGCUUAGAGUUUUGAUGGUUAGCAGUCUGUUGAGAUGCAUUUACGCUUUAUGCAUUAACUCAGACAAACAAACAAAAAAAUAAAUCACAACAGUCCUAGAGGCAAAAGCUAAUAUAAAAAAUUUAACCUGCUUGUGUGAUUGGGCUGGUUGGAGUGAAGGGAAUAUAGCAGCAAAGUAUCUCUGGAUAAUUAACUUUAUUUUAGAUUAAAGCCAAGAAAGUAGAAAGAUAGAAUAUAUUUAUAACUAUGAAAUUAUAGCCAAAGUUUGUCAUAGAAUAACUAAAAUUAUUGAAAGAAAGCUCUUAGAGGAUGAAAAAAGUCCUAUAUCAGAAGAUGAUAAGAUUAUUAUGAAAGAGUUGUGCAGUGCUUUAAGCACAAUGAUGCAAAAUAUAUGCAAAUUUAAUUGGAAUAGCUUAAUAACAGAUGAAGGAAAUCCAGAUGACAAAAAAGAUAGCACCAACAAGAAAAUAGAUAAAUUGCCAAAAGAAGAGCUUGAAUAAUUCUUGCUGAAGUGUAACUUAAUAUGCACAGAAACUCUCUUAUUGAAGAUCCUCCCAUUUUAAUAGUUUAAAACUUUUAUAAGCAUAGCUUGUUUUUUUAUGAAAUCUUCAACUGAAUUUGCAAAAAAGGUGGAAUCACCAUUAGAAAUUUCAACUAGAGAAUUAGUAAUGAUUUCACUUUCAAAUCUAAUAGGCACUUACAUUUGUGGUAUUAAUUCAAAGAGACAAGAUGUAAUGAGAAUUUUCACAUAUGCAGAGGUCUUUGAAAAGAAAGUUAUCAGAAAGUCUUAUCUACAAAAUAUCCUAGACAUUUGUUCUUAUAAGAGCUUCGAAUUUAUUUUGGAAAAAAUAAUAGAGGCAGAAAAUAAAUAAGAAGGAAGAUCAAACAAACUUUUAUGUGCAUUCCAUAUUCAUUAUCGAGAUGUAAAUAUGGGGAAGUAUUAGAAUGGAUUUUUAGUAAGGUUAAAGCAAGAUAUUAGAAUAUACAAAUAUGAUAGAAAUACAUUUUUAAACACUUUAGAGAGUGCUGAUAUCAGUUUAUUUAAAAAAAUAAGCAGAGUUAGAUUUAUAAGAGAAUCGGAUAUAGAUGAAUGUCUUACUGCAGAGACACAUCAAAGGAUAAUAUUAAAAAUGGGAAGUGAAUUCUUAAAUGUUCUAUUUUUGAAUGAAAAGUAAGGGGAUAUUUUCUUAAGGACGAUAAAGAAUAAAACUCGUAAAGAUACAUUCAUUGCUGAGGCUCUUGCAUACAGAUUAAACAGCAUUAAUUAAAAAGAUAAAGGUGCUAAAAAUCAGCAAUAACAUAUUAAAAACUAUCUGCAAUGGGUAUGUGUGAAUCCUGAAUUGCCUUAAGACAGAGAUAAUGAAACAAAUAUUUAGAAUAAAACUCUCAUAUUACUAGAUAAUUAACAAAUACUUUUCUUUUAAGAAAAUUAGAAGCAUUGGAUUUACCUUCAAAAUAGAGAAGGAAUGUAGCUAGAGCUUGAGCAAACUAAUAAUACACCUGCAGCAGGAAAAAGUAAGAAGUCAAAAUCAUAAAGCUAGGUUUCAAUAUACAAUGAGCAAUAGCUUAAUAAGAUAUAAAAUUACUUCUAGCCUGUAUUUGAGCCAAUAAAAAUAAACUCUUAGAUAAAGCAAGUUAUUUAUGAUCAAACAAUAGUCACAUAGGUGAUGAUUAAAACAGCGAAAGUUUACAAGUUGCUCUUCAUGGGGGAUGAAGAAAGAGAAAACUUUAGAAGCCACAUGAUACUAAGAAUAAAUAAUUUAACAAAGUGGAACCAGAGAUUUGACAAAGUAGAAAUUUGA